AUGACGACCAACUUUCUUCAAGGCAUGCGACAUGUCGCCAGACUUGCCUCGCGCACUGCCGCCGAAAAGUCGUCUGCUUCCGCACUGGUAGACUACUCAUACAGAUAUCAUAUCCCACGGCGGAUAUCGACAAGAGGUUUCUCGAGUCAUCAUGGCGCGACUGCACAGGCACUCUUCCUAGACUCGAAGCAGAAGAAGAAAUCACCGCCUCCUACAAGUCAAAGUGAUAGAAAGGAAGCCAAAGUAAGAGCAGCAGAUGGGACCCCAAUAUCUCUCUAUCUGGGAGAGCUGCACGAGAAUGGCAACUCGUCUGCAUCACAAGAGACUUCAUCGACCUCGAGGCCGCCCCACGGUAUCCUGAACCAGAUUCCUAAGCGAGCCUUCCACACCUCAACCAGGCGAACAGAUGCGGAGAAAGGAGACCAUGCCGCAAGGUCGCCUCGAUCAGACCAAUCGGUUGACAAGGCCUCGUCAACGCCACCCGAGCCGCAAAAAGCUACUCAAGAGCAUUUCUACGACAGGCUGCACAUGCCGCAAUUCCAUCGACCGACCAAAGAAGAAUUACUUGCUGCAGCAACGGGGUUCUGGUCAAGAUUGAAAGUUCGCUUCAAAUGGCUGACCAUCAAGAGCGUGCGACCUUUCAACAUGGACGAGAUCUUUGGCUUCUUUUCGUGGAUCUUACUUGGUCACGUCGUGUGGAUCAUUGUCGGAACCACCACGUUUGUCUCGCUGGCCAUCCUUGCCAUCAACACUGUCUUCGCGCAGGAGACGCUUGCUGGCUGGGUCGGCAACUAUCUCACCAAAUCAUCAGGCGUCAAGGUCGUCUUCGAGUCCGCCAUCGUGCCUAAGUGGAGCGGUGGUGUCAUCACAUUCAAGAAUGUCUUCGUGUCCCGUCGUCCAGGUCCGCAGAAGUCGAAGGUCACUAAGGGCUCACCCGAAGCUGCAGCUGCAGAAGCCAGUGCUGAGGAGCCGAUACCGGAUGAGGACCAGAACUACACACAGUUCGAUGUCAAUAUUGGAGAGGUGAACGUAACCUUAUCGUUCAACAAGUGGUGGAAUUCAAAAGGUCUACUGAAAGACGUCGAAGUCAAGCAUGUCCGAGGAGUGAUCGAUCGCACACAUGUCUUCUGGACUGGCGACCACGGUGAUCCCAAGUCAUGGCGUCAUGAGCAUGUUCCUGGCGAUUUUGAGAUAGAGUCCUUCAAGGUAGAGGAUCUGCUGCUCUCACUCCACCAACCACAUGAUUUUCGACCCUUCACCAUCAGUUUGUACAACGCAGAACUGCCUCGACUCCGAAAGCAUUGGCUCUUCUACGACUUUCUCUGCGCAAAUAAUAUGAGUGGAGAAUUUGACGGAUCGCUGUUCACCAUACACCAGCGCCAACUCCACAGCUUUACGGGUGCGCCAUUGAAUGAUCCCACGGAAGACCCGACCGAACCAUGGAAGAAGCAAUCACGCAUUCGACUCGAUGCGCUCAACAUCGACCACCUGAAUCGAGGCGUUGAGGGCCCUUUCGGCUGGAUCACAGAAGGCAACGUCGACAUAGUCGCUGAUAUCAUGGUCCCGAACGAUGAUGACGAGUCCGCCCUGAAGAUCAUGACCGAUUUCUACGACCGCCUCGAAGCCACACUCACCUCCCGCAAACAUCUGGAACAAGUCGUUGCUACCACAUCAGAAACGCCAUCAUCGGCGACCGCCGCACGAAUUCCCUCUUCUCCACAACCAGCAUCAUCUCGCUACCUCGUCAUGGACCUGCGUAUUCACCUCAACGACGUCCGCGCAUCGGUACCCAUCUUCACACGCGAUCUCAGCUACAUCAACAACGCCCUCAUCCGUCCCAUAGUCGCAUAUAUCAAUUCGCGGCGAACAUUCAUUCCCAUUAAUUGCCGCGUCGUCAAGCGCGCAUCAGACUUUGACGGCAGCUGGACCAUCUACGACUCGUGCCUGAUGGACGACUUAUCGGCUGAAGUCUACGACGCGUUCGCGCGCGAUGUGACGGACGACCAGGCUCGAAUGCGGCGAUUCAAGGCGGUUGGGAUGUGGGGAGCGCAAUUGGCUUUGCAAGCACUCUUUCUGGGAAUGGCUGGCGGAAUUGCCUAG